AUGCUCCCUCCAAAUAAAAGAAAACGCCAUCUUGAGGCUGCGAGAAAAUCAAAAGUUGAGCAUGUGCGUUUAAAAAAAAAUAAGACAAUGCAUCAAUCUAAUAAUUUAUUAGAUUAUGAAUCAGUUAAUGAAGAACUUGAUGAUCAUAUUUGGGUAGAUGAAGAAAUCGAUGAAAAAGCCGAUAGUUACUUUGAAGUUUUACUAGCAGCUGCUAGGAAUAAUAAUUCUUGGAAAGUUGCAGCACAAAACACAAAAUCUAUUACUUUCUACUUAUCUUUAACCAAUUCUUUAAGGUUUAAUGUUGCUUCGACAUCUACUUAUAAAUUUUUAGCUGCAGAUGUAGCAGUGCAAUUAAUGGAGACAAAUUUGGUUGAUGAGGCUGAAUUAGACAAUAUGUUAGAGAAAGACAGUAAACAAAUUGAUAAAGGAACUAAGGAAGCUUACAAAACAAGGUGUAUUCAUACAUGGGGUAAUGAGUGGUUGAGAUGGCAAAAAUUACCAAAAGAGAAUCGUGGCAAUGUGAACCCCAAGGUUCUAAAAGAAUUUGUAGAAAACAAAGUUUUUCCAUCUUUAGGCAUUGAAAAAAAAACAACUAUAAGUGAAAAAACCGCAUUAGAAUGGCUUAAAAAACAGUGUAUUCACGUUAGUGAAUUUUUAUAUGAACCUUUGGGACGUGUUCAUUUAACUGUAGAGCAACAUUUAGCCUACUCAGAAAUUCCAAAUAGAUACGUUACAGAGACACUUGAAGUUGGUAUAAACCACGAUAGUUAUUGGAAUGUUCAGUUGCUUGCUAAACAACUUAAGCAAACAAUUGAUGUUUUGGAAAUUGCACUCCCAG